AUGAUCGUCUCUCGAGGAACGGCGCGUCCACUUGGCCUGCUAUCCUGCACAGUCGACUCCGUCAUUGCCGGGCUGGCUUUUUGCAGACGAUCAACUCCCAAUACCCACAGAUUCGCGCGUCGCGCGAUCGGGACAAGGAUGAAUAAGGAGCGACUUUGGAAUGCUAUCCACGAGACGGCUGAAUGGGGAGCAACACCUGAUGGAGGUGUACGGCGCCUUGCCCUGACCGACAAGGACAAAGCCGUGCGUGAAUGGUUCAUGUCCACUACCAAGUCACUGGGCUGCAGCGUCAAAGUCGAUGAAAUGGGAGUCAUUUUCGCCACCCGCCCCGGCACGUCUUCUACCCUUGCUCCCAUUGGAAUUGGUAGCCACCUCGACACCCAACCAGCAGGAGGUCGUUACGAUGGAAUCUUGGGAGUUCUGUCAGGCAUUGAAAUUCUCCGAGUGCUGGAGGAGAAUCAAGUCAAAACCCACGCGCCCAUCACAGUCAUUGACUGGACGAGUGAGGAAGGCGCGCGUUUCAACACUGGCAUGGUCUCCUCCGGGGUCUGGUCCGGGCGGUACACUUUGGACUACGCUCAUGCAAUCCCGGCGGUGGAGGAGGACGAGACCGGGAAGGCAACGUUGAGGAGCGAGUUGGAGCGCAUUGGCUUUCUUGGGAAGGUGCCUGCGUCGUACACAGCGAACCCUCUCAGCGCCCACUUCGAGCUGCACAUCGAGCAGGGCCCGGUGCUUGAGGAUGAGGGCAAAAAAGUCGGCGUCGUGACUGGCGUGCAGAGCAUGGGCUGGCUCGUCGUGACCGUUCACGGCGCGAAUCAGCAUUCGGGCACCUGCCCAAUGGACCGCCGACGGUGUGCACUGACGUCUGCCGCUCGGAUGAUAUCGCGUGUAGAAGAGAUCGCUUUGUCUGCCGAAGGUCUUUCGACGGUGGGCGUCAUUAACUCGUGGCCGCAGUCACCAGCAACUGUGCCGCAUAAAGUGGUCUUCAGCGUAGACUUGAGCCACCACUCUACUGAGGUGCGAGAACGCAUGAUAGCCGACACGCGCGCAGAGUUUGGGCAUAUUGCGCACGCCAACAAAUGCACUGUCGAGAUCGAGGAUAUCUGGAACAGUCCAGCAGUGCAGUUCCACGAGGACUGCAUCAGCAGUGUCCGCGAGGCAGCACGAAGUGUUGCUGGCCAGGAGAAUGUGAAGGAAAUGAUGGCAGGAGCGGGACACGACAGUGUCCACACAGCCGACAGAUGUCCCACGAGUAUGGUCUUUGUGCCUUCCAAGGGAGGUAUUUCUCAUCAUCCUGAUGAGUAUUCCUCCCCGGAACAGUGUGCCCUUGGAGCGCAGGUGUUGCUGGAAAGCGUGCUGCGUUAUGAUGAUCAACUGAAAGCGAAAGACACCUCUCGAUGAAGCAUGGCAUCGCGCAGUCGAUUAACAAAAAAAGAAACAUGAAACGAGGCUGAUGCAGUUGUAACCAUUGCUCAUGUGUUUGGAACACGUCAAGCAUGAGAAAAGGUCAGCAUUUGUCGCUGAGAAACUCCGGUCGCUUGAUGCAAUGGAACUUUUCCAUCAUGCACCGUCGCAAUGCAAAUCGUCAAUCGAGAUUCCAAUUCGCAGUCUUUGGUAUCUGAAGAAGCAUUCCCCAGGAUGCGGCCGAGUCAGCUGGCUGGCUGCCCAGCACUCCAGCGCCUUGAACGCAUCGAGUGUUCUACCGAUCAGGAUCCAACCAAGCAAUAGUGCUGCUGGCGGAAAAGUGUUCGCUGGUAGGUCCUGACCAAUCUUGACCACGGCACUGCUGGUCAUGGACCAUAUGAUAGGGUGUAUCCGAUACAGGAA